AUGGCAGCCGCUCGCCCACCUAGUAUCGAGAUGGAUAGACAAUAUAAAUCCGCUGGCGACCAAGCGGAGGAAUCUAAGCGUCCAGUGCAGGUUGAGGUGUCGCAAGAAACCAAGUCGGAAGAAAAUCCCCUGAGUUCGCAGAAGUCUUCCGCCUCGGAUGAGCCCGAAUAUCCUGGGUCUGCCCAGGUGGCCCUCAUCAUGAUCUGCAUUCUGUGUGCUAUCUUCAUCAUGUCGCUAGACCGCACGAUUAUCUCGACCGCAAUCCCCCAUAUCACCGACGAGUUCAACAGCUUGGAUGAUAUCGGGUGGUACGGCAGUGCAUUCAUGGUCACUGCAUGCUGUUUCCAGCUCCUGUGGGGCAAGGUUUACAGCUUCUACCCGGCCAAGUACGUCUUCCUGGCGCUGGUGCUUCUGUUCGAGGUUGGGUCCGUGAUCUGCGCCGCAGCACCUAACUCGAUCGCCUUCAUUCUGGGGAGGGCAAUCGCAGGUAUGGGUAGUGCGGGCAUCAUGUCCGGGGCGAUCGUGCUGAUGAUGUCGGCGGUGCCGCUACACAAGCGACCGCUGUACAACGGCUUCUUUAGUGCGGUGCUGGGCAUCUCCUCCGUGGUCGGCCCCUUGCUGGGGGGUGCUUUCACUAGCAAUGUCAGCUGGCGAUGGUGCUUUUAUAUCAACCUGCCAAUCGGGGGCGCCGCUAUGCUCGUGAUCCUGCUAGCGCUGAAGCCCAUGCCCGCAAUGUACCCCGGGCUGACGCUACGGCAGAAGCUCGCCAAGCUCGACCUCUUGGCCGAGCUCUUCCUCUUCUCCGCGCUGGUCUGCCUCCUGCUGAGCUUGCAGUGGGGCGGCAGCACAUACGCCUGGAGUAACUGGCGCAUCGUCCUGCUAUUCGUGGCGUUUGGCGUCUGCCUAAUCACCUGGAUAAUUAUUGAGGUACGCACCCCCGCCACAGCGACGAUCCAGCCACGGAUAAUUGGCAACCGUACUGUCGUAGCGGCGAUGUGGUUCAUGUUCUGCCUGUCCUCGACGUUCCUAAUGUUGCUCUACUACCUACCAAUCUGGCUACAGGCGAUCAAGAAUCGCACUGCUGUACAGUCCGGCAUCGACACGCUACCGCUGGUACUCUCCCUCGUUGCUGGUAGCACCCUAUCAGGCCAGCUAGUUGGGCGGCUAGGCUACUAUACCCCCUUUACCAUGGCCUCCUCGUGCCUGAUGCCCCUCGGUGCUGGCCUCAUCUCCACCUGGCGCGUUGACACGAGCGUCGGCAUAUGGAUCGGCUACCAGAUCGUCCUGGGCUUUGGCAUCGGCCUGGGAAUGCAGCACGCCGCCAUCGCCGUCCAGACCGUCCUCCAGCCCCGCGACAUCCCUGUGGCUGUCUCCCUCGUGUUCUUCUGGCAGCAGCUUGGUGGUGCCAUCUUCGUCUCCGUUGGCGAGAACGUCUUCGGUCAGAAGCUCAUUGCUGGACUAACCCGCGUUAUCGACGACUUUGACCCCGAAACUAUCGUUAACACUGGUGCCACCGACCUACGCAGGAUUGUGCCCGCCAAGGACCUUCAUGCCGUUCUGGUCGAAUAUAACGCCGCACUGCACUGGGUCUUCAUCGUUGGUACCAUUAUGGCUGCACUCUCCGCAUUGGGCGCAUUUGCCUUCGAGUGGAAGAGCGUCAAGGGAAAGCAGCGCGGGCCUAGCAAUGAGGAUGGGGAGUAG